CAGAGCUGCCACUCACCCCCUUUGCAGCCACUCGAGCAGAGUACGGCUCCUUGAAGCCUGUCGCGCAGCAACUCUUGGAUGGGACGAUCCCAUUCAUCAGCAUUCCCACCCUCAAGCUAGGCAAGAGCGAUGGCACCGACAAGACCAGAAAGAAGGUCGAGUUGAGGGUCGUGCGCGCUGCCAAGGCAGGAGAGGCGAUGAGGAAGGAGUGCUCAAAGCGUUUGGGCUGGGGCAACAAGCUACAUCCGAAUCUACAAGUUCCCCAGACGUUCGGCCAGCUGCAUGGCAGAGUCGCUUGGGAGAGAGCCGGAUUAGGGAGGCAGCGGCGGCAGGCAUGGCUGGCAUCACGCCCAUCGGCUCGGAGCUGCUCGCGGCUUUGCAGCGGGAUGACCUGGCGAGCACAAUCCUUCGAGGCGACUAUUGGGCCUCAAGGCAAGCUCGCUCCAUCAACGCUCGCGCUGCAAGGCAAGGAGGUCAGCAGCGGUGGUUGACGGCCGGCACGGUCUACCUGCGCGUCGAUCUUGCGCGUCAUCUGCUCACCAGCAUCUACGUGGGCAGGACGGGGCACGCAUUCUACCACUUCAUUGAGCAUUGGACCAACAUCCUCCUUGCUCAAGACGGGAAGUGGGCAUAUCAGACGGCCCGCACAGCAGACACGGUCCUGACCUUCAGCAUCUUUGAGGACCAAUCUGCAAGUCGACAUCAACGCCCGGCCUGGAUCAACCGAGCCGUCGUUGAUGGGCUCUGGACUCUCCUCCUGGCAUCAUACACCGCCAGCGACACCUACAACCCGCUGCGCGCCUCAGACGGUCUCCCACGCCUCGGCUGGGUCACCGGCUCAAAUGCCACGCCCUGCUUCGAGGCGCCCGAGGCGGCGUCGAAGCUGACCGACCUCGAGCGUGUGGGUGGUAGAAUGGAGACCUACCACUCUCUGCUCCUCAGGGCACUUAUUCUCGGACAAGGCCUUCAGCACGCAGCGGCUCUUGCUCGAUUCCACGCGGCUCAAGAGGUGCACGAUGCCGUCGUCUUGACUCCCCUUCGCGCUGGCCGCUUGCCCUACAACCGACGAAAAGGGCACAACCCAACGGGCAUCUUUAUGGGAGGCUACAUCUCGGGCGAGGACCUCGACAUCCUGGACCAAGAAGCAAAGUCUGGCCGAUGGUUCUUCGAGCUGCGUGAGGGUAAAGUCUCCUCGCUCUACAACCUCUCCCUCCCCGAUCGCGCUCUCUUUGCCGGCUUGGCCCUCGUGGCAUACUCUGCGUGCCCCGAAGAGGACGGCUACGGAGAGGUGGUCCUCACGUGGGACGCAGCACCAAUGGGGAUCUGCCUGCGCCGUUUCUGGGAUGGGCUGCUGGGCAUGUUGCCUCCGGCAAGCAUAGAGAGGAGACGCCAAGCUCACCGGGCUGUAGUGGAUGGCAUCAUCGCCCAGCGCCACCCUCGCCACAAUGAACUUUCGCUGAGGGCAAGACUCGGGUGGGACGGCCUCGGAAUCUUGACGUAGACGGCAAUCUGCUUUCCGGCGAUGCCCUCGUGCCGACCAUCCCACGGCAAGGAGCAAAGGAGCAGCAACUUCUGGAGGACCUUCGCCGACACUGCAACCUGGCGGCAGGUGCCAGAGGCCGACG